AAAAGCUUGUGGUGGCUUUCCUAAAACCCUAAUCUUUGCACGUCGUCUCUAUCCCCAAAACCCUUCUCUCUCUUCUCUCUCGUCCCUUGUGUGCGAAACCUAAGAGAAAAACAAUGACUAAGAAUAAUAACAACAACAACAACGAGGAAGAAGAGUUCGUCAGCUUCGGACACAACCUGAACACGAAGAUACGCUUUGAAGAUGCUGAUGAAGACGAAGUUGCAGAAGGCUCCGGUGCCCAAGAUGAAUCCAUGUGCGAUGCCGGAGAGAACACCGAUACAGCUGAAGUCACUGAUGAUACCACAAGCGCCGAUUACUACUUCGAUUCCUACUCUCACUUCGGAAUUCAUGAAGAGAUGUUGAAGGAUGUUGUGAGAACAAAGACUUACCAGAAUGUAAUUUACCAGAACAAGUUUCUCAUUAAGGACAAAAUUGUUCUUGAUGUUGGAGCUGGGACAGGAAUCUUGUCUCUCUUUUGUGCCCAGGCUGGAGCCAAACAUGUCUAUGCUGUUGAGUGUUCUCAAAUGGCUGACAUGGCAAAAGAGAUUGUUAAAGCCAAUGGAUUUUCUGAUGUUAUAACGGUUUUGAAAGGGAAGAUUGAGGAGAUAGAGCUUCCUACUCCUAAAGUGGAUGUGAUUAUAUCUGAAUGGAUGGGUUACUUUCUGUUGUUUGAAAACAUGUUGGACAGUGUCUUAUACGCUCGCAAUAAAUGGCUUGUUGAUGGUGGAGUCGUGCUGCCAGACAAAGCCUCUUUGUUUCUUACAGCAAUUGAGGAUUCAGAAUACAAAGAAGACAAAAUUGAAUUUUGGAACAAUGUGUAUGGCUUUGACAUGUCAUGUAUCAAGAAGAAAGCUAUGAUGGAACCACUUGUUGACACAGUCGAUCAAAACCAGAUUGUCACCGAUAGUAAGCUACUUAAGACGAUGGAUAUCUCAAAGAUGUCUUCUGGUGAUGCUUCCUUCACAGCUCCCUUUAAACUUGUUGCGCAACGCAAUGACUACAUCCACGCCCUUGUAGCCUACUUUGAUGUAUCCUUUACCAUGUGCCACAAGCUCCUGGGUUUCUCAACAGGACCAAGAUCCCGGGCUACGCACUGGAAACAAACAGUCAUGUACCUUGAAGAUGUGUUAACAAUAUGUGAGGGCGAGACAAUCACUGGAAGCAUGUCUGUUUCGUACAACAAGAAGAAUCCUAGAGACGUUGACAUAAAGCUAAGCUAUUCUUUGAAUGGCCAGCACUCCAAGGUCUCAAGGACUCAACACUACAAAAUGCGCUGA